AUGUCCUCUGUAACCAACCCGGUGACGAAGUUCGAGGCGAAUCCCCCGGAAUCACGGACCUUCGCUCGUCAGGAGGAGCUACCGAAGCUACCCAUUCCCCCGCUUGAGGACACCUGCAAGCGAUAUCUCCGCGCACUCGAAGGCCUGCAAGACCCCAAGGAGCAUGAAGAGACAAAGAGGGCUGUUGAGGAGUUCCUGAAGCAUGACGGUCCGCGGGCCCAGGAGCGCCUGAAGCAGUACGCGAGGGACAAGGCGAGUUACAUCGAGGAGUUCUGGUAUGAGUCGUAUCUCUCGCAUUCAGACCCAGUCGUCCUGGCGCUUAACCCGUUCUUCGUCCUCGAGAACGAUCCCACUCCCGAUCGAGGGCAGCAGCUUCCUCGUGCCGCUUCGCUUAUCGUCUCUUCUCUUGGCUUCAUUCAUGACUUACGCGCGGGAAUGUUGGAGCCCGACACGAUGCGCGGGAUCCCACUCGACAUGGAUCAAUAUACCCGAUUGUUCGGAACUGCUCGUAUACCCACAGAGAGAGGCUGCAAGAUGGAGGUGCACGGGGAGUCGCGACACAUAGUCGUCCUUCGACGCGGACAAUUCUAUUGGUUCGAUGUGCUUGACGCCGAGAAUAGGCCGGUGCUGACUGAACGCGAGGUCCUCCGCAAUCUGCAAGCCAUCGUCUCGGAUGCGGACCAGAUGCCCAUCCACGAGGUGGCGCGGAAUUCUAUUGGCGUGCUGUCUACUGAGAACCGCAAGAUAUGGUCGAGUCUCAGGAAGACUCUCAUCAGCAGCAAGGGAAAUGAGCCGUGCCUGGACGUCGUCGAUCAUGCGUUGUUCGUCGUGUGCUUGGAUGACGCGGCGCCGCAGAACCUUGCAGAGCUGUGUGACAACUUCCUGUGUGGGACGUACAACCUGAAGAAUGGCAUACAGAUCGGAACAUGCACGAACCGGUGGUAUGACAAGCUGCAAAUAAUCAUUUGCGCCGACGGAGCUGCUGGUAUCAACUUCGAACAUACAGGUGUUGACGGUCAUACGGUACUGAGGUUCGCCGCCGAUAUCUUUACUGAAGGCCUUAUGCUCCUUGCCCGCUCCAUCAACCCAUCCGCCCCUACUCUCUUCCACGCCCCGCUCUCCCCCUACGCCAAGUCCUACAAGCCUCCCCGUGGCCAGUCUGCGCCGAAGACCGCCCCGGGCUACCCUAUUGACACUGCUCCAAAGAAGCUCGAGUGGACGCUAGCCCCAGAGCUGCGCGCAGGUAUCCGAUUCGCAGAGACGCGGCUGAGCGACCUGAUCUGCCAGAACGACUGCCAGGCGCUCGAGUUCAAGACGUACGGGAAGAACUUCAUCACGUCGCACGGCUUCUCCCCGGACGCUUUCGUCCAGAUGGCGUUCCAGGCGGCGUACUUUGGGCUGUACGGGCGCAUCGAGUGCACGUACGAGCCGGCGAUGACGAAGGCGUUCUUGCAUGGACGCACGGAGGCGAUCAGGACGGUGCAGCCGCAUACGGUCGAAUUCUUGAAGACGUUCUUCAGCGAGGCGGCGUCGAACUCGCAGAAGGUGGCGCUGCUUAGGAAGGCGUGUGAGGGACAUGUGAAUUUGACGAAAGAGUGCAGUAAGGGCCUUGGGCAGGACCGGCACCUGUAUGCACUGUACUGCCUCCUGCAGCGGGAACGCGAGGCGGCCGUAGCGUCUGAGAUGGAUGAGGAUGGACGUCCGACGUCGCCGACGAGCGUCACCUCCAGCACGAGCAACUCGCGCGAUAAGCCGUCGUUGCCUGCGAUCUUCACGGAUAACGGGUGGCAGAUUCUCAACAGGUCUAUCCUUUCGACCUCAAAUUGUGGAAACCCUGCGCUGAGGUUAUUCGGUUUCGGACCUGUUGCCGCCGAAGGCUACGGUAUAGGCUACAUCAUCAAGGACGAAGGUAUCUCAGUGUGCGCAUCGUCGAAACACCUCCAGACCCGCCGAUUCCUCGACACCCUCCAAGGAUUUCUCCUCGACAUUCAGCGUAUCCUUGUCCAGCUCCACCUCUCAGCCAACCAGCGUCCAGAGCCGUUCGUUGACCACCAAGGGGUCCUGCGUGACUCGAAGACUGGCCGGCCGAUCAACGGACAUCGUCCCAAUGGUUCCGUUGAAUUGAGCAAUUACGACGACGACGACGAAAUGAUGACGGGCUACUCCUUCUUUGACAGCGGCGAUAUCGAGUUGCUUGGGAGGAAGAAGGAUAGGCGGACAUUCUACAAGACCGGCAAGAUCAUCCCUAUGGCGGAGUAUUGAUUUACCGCCUUAUCACUGCAGCGUACUCACAUGCGCAUAGCGCGACUGUACUGAAUAUCAAACGACCGAGCCAUAUGCAUGCAUGUACUUGUAUAUUUAUACGUAACUGUAGCGAUCUGUGUUCUUGGCUGUGUACAACCAUACUCGGAUUUGCGUCAUGAACGGGUUCCUAUGUCCC